AUGAAGAUGUGGAAAGGAAACGUGGAGGUGGAGAAGAUUACAGGUUCGGAUUCUGGAAACUGCCAGCAGUUACAGAUGGUUUUAUACCACGGGUUCUGUACACCUGCGUGGGGGACCAAAAUGGAGGAAAAUCUCGUCAACCAGGUGGCAUAUGAGGAGGAAGUAACGCCUGAUACAAACGAAGCAUGUCAAUCGAAUGAGCAGUGCACGUCUGUAGCACCUAAGAAACCAGAGGCAAAACGUGUCCCGCAAAGAUCGGAGAAGCUUGGACAUCUGUACACUGCUGAUCCUAAACUUAGAGCUCUGUUUGCGAGUAGAUCUAAGCCCGAAUAUGUUCCCAUUCAGAGUGUUCCGAAGGAUGACUUCAAGACAUUUGAGAAGGUGCUUAGAGCGGCAAAGGAGAAGGAGUUCGCAAUCGUCACGGGGCACACAGUUACUAAUGUCUUCUUCCUCGACAUCGCAAAGCGACAGAGAUGGAUUGGGACGGAGCAUAUGCAAGUCAUAAUGGCGAUGUUGUGGCGAAGAAGAGGGGAGAUUGUACUGAAAGACAGAGCAGCAUUUGUGGACCCUGCAUUUACUUGUUUGAUCACUUCUUUGUUUCCGGCCUUCAAAGAGUCAGAGAAGCAGAGUGAGUUUGACUGGGGAAACAGCGUUUGUAGCUUCGUCGAUAUCGUCUAUGUCCCCAUGAACUGGGGUAACGAACACUGGGUGGGGCUUGUGAUCGACCUUCGGGGCAGUUCCGUAGUGAUUUUAGAUCCUUUCGUUGACUACAACUACAAAGUCGGAGUUGUAGAGAGGUACAUGGAACCCGUUGUGGUCGGCCUUCCCUCGAUUCUGAAGCGAUGCUUGCCGGGGGAGGUUACCAAGCACCUGGGAGGUGCGGCGUACACUUGGUCCCGUGCUGAUGGUAUAUAUCAAAACAAACGGAGUGGGGACUGUGGUCCUUGUGCUGCCAAGUUCUUAGAGAUGCACACUUGUGGAUUAGGGUGUGACGAAAUUGGUUUAAUAAGUGAUGCAGAUGUGGAUAGGUUUCGAGAGAAAUAUGCGAUGGACUGUUAUGAAGAGUUUGUUGGGGAUGCAGGCGUAGCAAACCAAUGA